AUGUCUUCGCCUUCAUCGUCCGAGAAGCAGCACCGCAAGAGCGUCGACACGUUAUCCGGAGACAGGACCGCGACUGCGACCCCGGAUGCUCAUAUGACGACGAAAGAAGAGAAGCCAAUCGCCGACGACUCGAGCGCAUCACCAGACCAAUCGAGCAGAGAUGAGUCCGACGACAAUGGCGACGGUCUCGCACCGCAGCAGACCAACGGCUCCGAGGUCUGGGUCGCGACCACGAUGUCAUUCCCCCGCGAGGCCCUUUUCGUAGCCAUUUGCUGCAUGGCGCAGUUUUGCACCCAGGCCGCAUACAUGGAAACCCUCGUCCUCCUCCACGUCAUCGGCAGCUCCUUCAACGUCGACAACCCGGCCCGCCUCGCCUGGCUCGUCGCCGGCUACUCCCUGACCGUCGGCACCUUCAUUCUCUUCUCCGGCCGCCUCGGCGACGCCUUCGGCUACAAGCGCAUGCUCAUCAUCGGCUUCGCCUGGUUCUCCAUCUGGUCCAUGGUCGCCGGCCUCAGCGUCUACUCCAACUUCACCCUCGCCGUCUUCAGCCGUGUGCUGCAGGGAAUCGGCCCGGCCAUCUGCCUUCCCAACGCCCUUGCGCUCUUCGGCGCCGCGUAUCCCCCGGGCCACCGCAAGGCCAUGGUCUUUUCGUUCUUCGGCGCGGUCGCGCCCAUGGGUGGUGUCGUUGGUGCCGCGAUCGCCUCCGUGCUGGAGUUGGAGUGGUGGCCCUGGGCUCUGUGGGCGCUCGCGAUCUGGCUUGCCAUUCUGGCCGUCGCGGGAUACUUCAUCAUCCCCGAGCCGCCGAGGAGGACACCCACCCCGAGAGGUUUCAAGGACUUGUAUGUCGAGCUCGACCUCCCCGGUGCCUUGACGGGAAUUGUGGCGCUGGUCCUCUUCAACUUCGCGUGGAACCAGGCGCCCAUUGACGGAUGGAAGACCGCCGAGGUGCUGGUCCCGUUGAUCCUGGGUCUGGUCCUGUUCGGUGUCUUCGCCGCCAUCGAGUUCAAGUGGGCGCCGAAGCCGUUGCUGCCGUUCGACGCCGUCAACGCCGACGUCGGCUUCGUGCUCGCGGCCGUUGUCUGCGGAUGGGCGACGUUCGGCGUCUGGACGCUGUACCUGGUGCAGAUCCUGCAGGAGAUCCGGACCCUGUCGCCGCUGCUGACCUGCGCGUGGUUUUCUCCCGUCGUGGUCACCGGUGGCAUCGCUGCCGUCAUCACCGGCAAGCUUCUCGGCCCGCUCAAGGUCCGCCCUGCCAUCGUCAUGACCAUGGCGCUAGUGGCGUUCACCGUGGGUGUCAUCCUGACGGCCACCGCCCCGGAGAACCAGAUCUACUGGGCGCAGAUCUUCGUGUCGAUGCUGAUCAUGCCGUUCGGCAUGGACAUGAGUUUCCCCGCCGCGACGCUGAUCCUGUCGAAUGCUGUCAAGCGGGAGCACCAGGGGAUCGGUGCCUCUCUUGUCAAUACCGUCGUUAACUACGGCAUCGCUCUGGGCGUUGGAUUUGCCGGAACGGUGGAUGUUCACGUCAACCGCGGUGGUCAGUCGACGGAGGACAAGUUCAUCGGCUUCCGCGGUGCCAUGUACAUGGGCAUUGGUCUGGCUGGGCUGGGCUUGUGUGUUUCAUUGACGUUCUUGGCGAGAGAGUGGAGGCAUAUCAAGGCCGCGAGGGUUGAAGAGAAGGCUUGA